CCCGGGCCCCUAGAUUCUCUCUCGCGCUUCCGCUUUCCUUCUCCUGGUCCUGGCCAUGGCCCACGAACGGGAGCCGCUCCUGCAGCAACGACAGACCGGCGUCGGCAAUGCCUGCGGUGCCAAGGACUCGUCCUCGGCGCCGGCGCCGUCGGCUGCCGCGCUGCCGUCGCUGGCUAGGACCGUGCUCAAGUUCCUGAUGUGGGCGGUGUUCCUCACCUGGGCCGCGGGGAUCUUCCUCUACCCGACCAAGCCCGUGCAGGCCGUGUUCAGGAAGUGGGUCGGGCUCACCAGGGACUCCAUGUUCGGCAUCGCCGGGGGUAUUUUCCUGACCUUCAGCGCGCCAAUUCUGAUCAUUGCGCUUCUCGCAUAUGUGUACAUCUCCUUCUUCCCGAGUGAGCAUGUGGUGGAGAAAAGGAAGCUGCGCUCACUGAGUUUCAGGCUCUGGACUUUCCCUGUUCUUGUAGACGGCCCCUUUGGAGUUGUCUCUGCAGUUGAGUUCAUCGGAAUUGUCUUGUUUAUAGUUUUUGUUGUCUACUCAAUGACCUAUUAUGCCGUGGAAGCUGUGAGCCUUGUCUCGAAAUUUGAUAUCCCAUCAAUGACUGAGAGUGAAUUGAUACUGGAUGUCAUUGGCCUCCGUUUAGGGGCGGUUGGGUUGUUCUGCAUGCUCUUCCUCUUCCUGCCAGUCGCCCGAGGCUCGGUUCUCUUACGGCUUAUCGAUAUUCCAUUUGAGCAUGCUACAAGAUACCACGUCUGGUUGGGGCAUCUCACGAUGGCUCUAUUUACAUUGCAUGGCUUGUUCUAUGUGAUCUCAUGGUCCAUGCAAGGGCGCCUCCGUGAAGAACUGAGACAGUGGAAGGAAAUUGGAGUAGCAAACCUGCCUGGUGUGAUCAGCUUGGCAGCCGGCCUACUUAUGUGGGUGACAUCACUUCACCCAGUGAGGAAGAGGUUCUUCGAGCUCUUCUUCUACACCCACCAGCUCUACGUCGUCUUCGUCGUGUUCUUGGCGUUUCAUGUUGGUGACUUCAUCUUCAGUAUUUGUGCCGGAGCUGUGUUCCUCUUCAUGCUCGACCGCUUUUUGAGGUUCUGGCAAUCAAGGGCCAAAGUCGACAUCAUUUCAGCCGCCUGCCGCCCGUGUGGGACGGUGGAGCUAGUAUUCUCAAAACCAGCAAGCCUCCACUACAAUGCUUUGAGUUUCAUCUUCAUUCAAGUGCGCGAGCUAUCGUUCUUGCAGUGGCACCCGUUCAGUGUAUCUUCAAGUCCCAUGGAUGGGAGAUACCACAUGUCGGUUCUCAUAAAAGUACUCGGCACGUGGACUGAAAAACUGAGGAGCAUCAUCACCGAUGUACAGGAGAAGAACGGGGGUGACUCUGAGCUGCAAUGCGGGCGCAUGACAGCCUGCGUGGAAGGCCCAUAUGGGCAUGAAUCACCCUACCACUUGAUGUACGAGAAUCUCGUCUUGGUCGCAGGAGGCAUUGGAAUAUCGCCAUUCUUGGCGAUCUUGAGCGACAUAAUCCACAGGAUCGAGGAGGGCAAGCAAUGCAUGCCCAAGAACGUGCUGGUCCUUUGGUCAGUUAAGAAGUCCAAGGAGCUUUCUCUGCUGUCCGCCGUUGAUGCCCAGACCAUCAGCUCAUCUGUCUCGGACAGGUUGCAACUGGAUAUCCAGGCCUUCGUGACUCAAGAACCCCAUCCUCCUUUGGAGGAUGGCAUCGUCGGGGACGACCAGAAAGUCCCUGGCAUGUUCGUCAAGAACGGUACAGCCAUGUCUGGGCUGGUCGGCACCGGGGACAACUUCUGGGCGGCCAUGUACUUCCUGGCGUCCACGCUCGGCUUCCUCCUGGCGUACGCCCUGGUGCAGGUGUACUACGUGAAGCCGCACAACGUGGUGGCGUGGUGGUACCUGGGCCUCCUGUUCAUGCUGUGCAUGGUUGCCGGCGUCGCUCUACCCGGCGGGCUCGUGGUCCUCCUGUGGCAUCUGUCGGAGAAGCAGAGGUUGGAGGACGACAAGUGGGACGCCUCUCAGUCACCGCGCGCCGAGCAGACAGGCCCCUUGGCUGCGGCGGGUGGUGGUGACGACGACGCUGCUCCCAGCGUCAGCCUCGCCGCCCUGCGGACGACCCGGUACGGCUGCCGGCCGAACUUCGAAGCGGAGUUCGCGGCGUUCGCGGAGCGCGCCGGGGACGCGGCGGACGUGGGCGUGCUGGUGUGCGGACCGCAGGGGCUGCAGACGAGCGUAGCGAGGGAGUGCAGGGCGCGGAACCUCCGCCGCGGCGGCUUGGGGGCGGCCAAGAGCAGGAGCGGCGCGGUCUUCCAUUUCAACAGCCACAGCUUCGACCUGUAAACUACGUACGUCUCGUUUGGUCGGUUCAACGAUCAUCAGUACAUGUUGCACAGCACACACGCACAGACGAUAGUUGGAUGUACAUGUUGAUCCGUCAUAAUUUGAUAUCGUGUAUAUAUAUGUAUAGCUGAUAGUUAAUAUAGUUAAGUUAUAUAAGAGAUGUAUAAAUCUGUAUGCGUAUACUAUAGGUGUAGCAUAUGCAUGCAUGAUAGAAGCACGAAGGUUAAAUGCUGACGAAUCACGUGAAAUCAUGUCA